GAGAAAUAUGAGAAGAUUGAAGAAGAGCUGCAGAAAACCAAAGAAGAACUGAAGAACAAGACUGAAGAGAUGGAGAAACAUGUAGAGACACAAACAUAAACACUAUCAUUGUGUUAUUGAGGACUGACCUCUGAUCAACACAACUGUGACUUUGCUCCAUCUACUGGUGAAAUGAUACAACUGCAGGUUUUCUCCUCCUCAGGUCAAUGAACUAAAGGAGGAGAAGAAGAAGCUGCAGGAGGAGAUGGAGACCAGAAACAAAGAGAUGGAGGAGAUGAAAGAUGAGUUGGAGAAGAACAAAGCUGCUGCUUCCAAGCCUAUCAGGUCAUUCUGGCUAACAGAGCCCUACAACUAUCAGAAGAAAGUGGAGUCACUGAAGGAGGAGUCAGAGAGAAUCAAACCUGAACAAACACAGAACAGGAGCAGCUCAGACAGUCAGGAGACGUUAAGAGGCAUCGAUGUUAAUGCCAACUACAACUGUAUCUGUCUGAGAAACAAGUCUGAUCAGGACAAACCACUGGGAGGACGUCAGUUAAAAGUCCAGAUCAACAAUAGUGAACCCAUCACAUACACAUUUGAUCCAUCAAUGAAACUCAAGGCUGGAGACAGAGUUAAUAUCCGUCCAGGUGGUGGUCUACGUCAACCUGAUCCUGGUGACCUGGUGUGGGAGGACCUGAAGCCCUGGAGGCGUGGAGAAAGAGUCCAGGUCUCUCUGCAGUGAAAUAGUUCCCAGUUGAACUCCUUCAAUAAAGUUCAGUAAUCCAGCAAACAGCAACAUCAUAGAUGAGAAACAGCACGACUCAGAUCUUCCUGCAGAA